GAAAAUCCGAAUAUUUCAGGUGCCCCCUCCACUUUCGACCUUGUUGGUUGGGUCUUUAUAAAUCCCAUCUUCGAAGUUCUGACGAAUUCAGUCAAAAUGGCCCUACUCCUAUUGAUUGGUGCUAUAACACUGUGUGCAACAGUCACUAACGCACAGUUUGGACUGGAACGAUGCUUCGUUGCAGAAGAUGUUUGCCCAAGUAAACAUAUCACAUUCUGGUUUAGAACGAGCUUACCUGGAAAGAGAUGACUACAAUAUUAUCAGUGUUGAUUGGGGCAAGUUGGCGCCUUCACCUUGCUACGUCACAGCAGCCAUCAACACUGCAGUUGUCGGGAGAUGCACCGCCAGACUGCUGGAACAGCUGUAUUCAAAGAGAGGAGAGUACUUGAAGCAGCUCACACACGUCAUAGGAUUCUCCCUUGGAGCUCAUGUCGCCGGCGCCAUAGGGCUUAACAUACGAGGUCUUCCAUGGAUCACGGGUCUGGAUCCAGCUCGCCCAGGAUUCGAUGAAGGCCUGUCAGAUCCUAAUCAUAGGUUAGACCGUUCAGAUGCCCGUUUCGUGGAGGUGUACCAUUCCAAUAGCGGCUUAAGGGGAAGGUAUGAUCCUUUAGGACAUGUCGACAUCUAUAUCAAUAAUGGACGGGCGCAACCAGGAUCUAGUUGCAGCCACGACAGAUCUGUAGAGGUGUUUGCUGAAUCGAUCAACAAUCCGGAUGGAUUCUUCGGGCAACCCUGUCAAGUCCGAAACUCCAUCACGGGACUAUUUCUAGAAGUAUGUCCUUACACUAGAAAUAAUACGAUCGUUGUCAGAGUAGGGGAAGACAUCAGCCAUGACGUUCGAGGAUCAUUUAAGAUUGAAACUAAUGCCAGCCCACCGUACGCAAGAGGUCGUCCGGACGUUCGAGGAUCAUUUAAGAUUGAAACUAAUGCCAGCCCACCGUACGCAAGAGGUCGUCCGGAGAAGACUGGAUACGAAGGUAUCGUAAUUACAGAAAAAGAUAUUGAUAAGGCACCUCUCGUUGACGGUCCAUUGAUUGUACUCAUUCAUGGAUACAAGGGACAUAAGGAAUAUAUACCUAAUCCUCAGCUUGUAACAGCCUACCUAAAAAAAGGUGACUACAACAUCAUCACUGUUGACUGGGACAAAAUGGCGCCAUUACAUUGCUACGUUACAGCAACCUUUAACACUAAAGUUGCCGGCAAAUGCACAUCCAGGUUGCUGGAACAGCUGUAUUCAAAGAGAGGACAGCACUGGAAACAGGCAACACAUGUACUUGGAUUCUCACUUGGAGCACAUGUCGCUGGUAUCCUAGGACACCAUCAACCAGGUCUUCCAAGGAUCACGGGUAAAUGGAGAUAG